GAAGGAGAUGUGAACAGCGGGGAAUUGACAACGUUUCACGUUCAAUCAUGCUAAUCCUUUUCGAUUCGAUCUGGGGCUCCUCCCUGAUCGUCACUUUCUCUGUCAUCGGGCUUAGACUGCACCUACGUGAUGGUGAAUGUCAUCGAGCCGUUGUCAACCAAAAGCAACUUGACCUGUCGAGCUCUUGCGUCUGCGAGUCGACUACCCUGUACUGGGUGAUCCUGCGUCGGACCAACGUUCUUCUCAUAUUCGUCAUAGUCAAACCGCUGCAUCACGACGACCUACUGAAAGACGAUACUUUUGUCCGCGAAUGUCUCGAGCACAAUCAUUACUGCAGUUUAGAGAUGGACAUGUCUCGGGCUCAGGCGCUCCAACAGCUAAGGAGGUUUCGAGAGAGAAAGUCUUAAUAAUCCUCUCACUUCCCUCUGCUCCUUCAGAACCCAGUGUGCUCCUAUACUUGAAUGUUUGACCUUCCAUUUCAUAUCACUUUCACAAUGUUUCGUAUAAUGUGCGAUAACGUAUAGCGCCAAUGGCUUUCCUCGGCACAAUCAUUGCUGGACUUUAAAGAUGUAUAUGUCUCAGGCGCUUCAGCUACAAAGCGAGGAGGUUUCGAGAGAGAUAUCGCACGUCUAAGAAUCUGCUCACUUCCCUCUGUCCUUUCAGAUCUCAGAACCCAGUGUGCUCAUAAACUUGAAUCUUUGUG